CAUUGAACCCGUCAGCAAUGACUUCAAAACCACCGUCACAACCACCUAUAGCGAGUUUUAGCAGCCUAAUCGACCCGUUUACCCAACUUACUUUCCACCUGAUCCGCUUUUUUGCUGCCUGGACUGUGGUGCGGUAUGUAUGCGCAGCCGUCUACUUCUGGCCGUACGCCGUUGUUCAACUCUUCACCGUUCUCCCAACCGUUCUUGUUCGUCUACCAUUGCUGGUCUUCCCACCUUGGCUCAUCGCACGCACCGACGCCGCCAACGCCCGUCGUGCACGACUGGCAGGAGAACAGUUGAGGGGUACCUUUGAAUUCGACAAGACCGAGAGAUUGGAAGGCGAAGUGCUCCCGCCGUACGAUAAAUGGCAAGAACCGUAUGUAGAAUACAUCUCCGUCUGCGGCCUGGACGUGUGCUACAUCCACCGUCUUCCCUCACCGCCUGCCCCGCCGUCUGGGAAGGUGGUGGUUUUGGUGCACGGUAACCCAUCCUGGUCUUGGAUGUGGCGGUCAACGAUUCCUUUCCUUGCUUCUCAGGGACACGAGGUCCUAGCAUUGGACUUCUCAGGGCACGGAAGGAGCGAUAAACCCAUCAACCCCGCUCAAUUGACCUUCGAGUUACAUAUGCGAACACUCCACGAACUGCUCUCCCUGCCCUUCCUCGCAAACAAAGAAACUAUGAUUGCAGCGCACGACUGGGGCGGCGCAAUUACCCUCCUAACGCUCGCUCACCCCGCGCUCCCUUCUCCUCUCACAUCCCCACCCUCCCUCUUUCUCCUCAACACCUUCUUCCCACCACGCACCACCCCCCUCCUCCUCAACGGCUCAGACAUCAGCUACAAUGGUUACGCCCUCUACCUCCUCUGGUACCUCUCAACCGGCAUCCUCGGACCCCUCCUCCCUGAAUCCUUCGUGAUGCGGUUUAUGUCCCCAACCAUCUCCGCCGUCAACGUGAGUGGAUAUGGAGCGCCGUAUUUGAAUAGGAGACAUAAGGCUGGUGUUGGGGUGUUCGCCCAUAUGAUACCUUGGAUGGUCGAUGGGGUGUAUAAGGCAAGGAAGGGGUGGGUGUGGAGGCUCGUGGAGGGAUUGGUGCCGGAGUCGUGGAUGGAUAACUUCCAUAAACAGGCACGACUCCGCGAGAUGGACCUCCAACUCCGAAACGUAUACUCCUCUCCCAAGACCUCACCAACCAACAAACACAAGAUCGUGUUCGGACGCGAUGACCCUCUCCUCGCCGAUUUCAAAGAUAUUCUCACGCAUACCUUGGAGAAAGGUAGCGAGAGCAAGGGCAGCGUGUGGGUAAAGAGGGCAGGACAUUAUCCGUUGGAGGACAAGAGUGCGGACCUUAAUGGGCUUUUGGCGGAGUUUGUUGAUGAGGAGGGGUGGAGGAAGCGGGGGAUGGGGAGCCGGAGGGGGAUUAGGGAGUUGAAUCAACGAGAGACGGGGAUCAGAGGAGCGAGGCGACGAAUUGAUAAUGAUGGAGAAAGGGUUGGGUGAGGCCAGGCCAGGGAGAGACUGCAAAGUAUCAGAUAGGUAUGCAGCAAGAAAUCAAUGUCGUAUUAGUCACUCAAAGUCCAGGCUCCAGCCGGAGUCAGACGAGGACGCUAUGCAAAUAAACCGG